AUGUUGCUGCUUAUCAUGAUGUCCCUUUUGGUCCUGGGACCGACAGGUUCAGAACAAUCCUCAAGAAACAAGAGAGAGGUAGAUCCAGAAGCAUUCAUGAACAUUAGUGAAGUCAUAGAGCAUGAAGACUACCCUAAUGAGGAAUAUGAAAUUCUUACAGAUGAUGGCUAUUAUCUUGUCAUCAAUAGAAUUCCUCAUGGCAGAAAAACAUCAGAAAAUACAGGUGCAAAGCCUGUUGCAUUAGUAAUGCCUGGAAUCCUUACAAAUGGUGGAAUCUGGGUCACUAAUUUGCCCAACAAUAGCCUGGGCUUCAUCCUGGCAGAUGCUGGCUUUGACGUGUGGCUGGCAAACAACAGGGGCAACAGAUGGUGCACAAGACACCACAAUUUUUCACGCAAUCAAGAGGAAUUCUGGAACUUCAGUUUUCAUGAAAUGGGAAUGAAUGACGUGCCUGCUAUUAUAAAUUUUGUUCUAGCAAAAACUAUGCAGAAACAAAUUUACUACAUUGGCUAUUCGCAAGGCUCCACAUUAGGUUUCAUUGCAUUUUCAGCCAUGCCCCAGUUGGCUCAGAAAAUCAAAGUAUUUUUUAUAUUUGGUCCUAUACAUUUGCUGAAACAUACCAAAUCUCUGUAUCCAAAACUAGCUGUUUUCAGUGAUGCUUUUGCAAAGAGUGUACUUGGUAAGAAAGAAUUUUGUGUUCUGCCUAAUAAUGCUACAAGAGCAUUCACUGCAAAGUUGUGUAACAAGAACGUCUGGAACAAAGUUUGUGCCAAAUUAAUUUUCUCAGCUGGUGGAAUUAGCAAAAACAAUGUAAAUAUGAGUCGCCUUGAUGUCAUGGCAACCCAUUUACUGGAUUGCACAUCAGUAAAAAAUAUCUUACACUGGGCACAGGUAGCUCAAAGUGGAGAGUUCAAAGCUUUUGACUAUGGUUCCAAAAAUAUGAAAAAUUAUAAUCAGGUUUCCCCUCCUUUUUACAACAUAAAAGAUAUGAAUGUACCAACAGUGGUGUGGAGUGGUGGAAAGGACAUAAUGGCAACACCAGAGGACACUACAGAAGUGCUCUCUCUUCUUGGAAAUUUAAUAUACCACAAAGAAAUUCGUCAUUGGAUGCAUUAUGACUUUGUCUUUGGCCUUGAUGCCCGUCAAGAAGUGUAUGAUGAACUUGUUGAAAUCAUGCAAUAUUUCCCAUAA